AUGGAUGAGGAUCAACUUCUAGAUUAUGAUGAAGGAACUGCUGAAACCACUGAAGUUGUAGCUAAAACUGAUAACUCUAACCAAACUAAAAAAGUCAAGGGAACAUAUGCAUCCAUCCACUCUAGUGGAUUUAGAGAUUUCCUUCUCAAACCAGAAUUAUUAAGAGCUAUAAUUGAUUGUGGAUUUGAGCAUCCAUCUGAAGUUCAACAUGAGUGUAUUCCACAAGCUAUUCUUGGUAUGGAUAUUCUCUGCCAAGCCAAGUCAGGUAUGGGAAAAACUGCUGUUUUUGUUCUUGCUACUUUGCAACAAUUACAAGCUGUUGAUGGUACCGUAUCUGUUCUUGUAAUGUGUCAUACUCGUGAAUUAGCUUUCCAAAUUUCAAAGGAGUAUGAAAGAUUCUCAAAAUACAUGAAUGGUGUUAAAUGUCAUGUAUUCUUCGGUGGAGUUCCAACUAAAAAAGAUGAAGAUAUUUUGAAGAAGAAUACUCCACACAUAGUUGUCGGAACACCUGGACGUAUCCUUGCUUUAGCAAGAAGUCAAGAUUUAAAACUACACAACAUAAAAUAUUUUGUUCUCGAUGAAUGUGACAAAAUGAUUGGAGAUGCCGAUAUGAGAAAAGAUGUUCAAAGUAUUUUAAAACUAACUCCAAAAGAAAAACAAGUAAUGAUGUUUUCUGCCACACUUCCUAAAGAUGUCAGAGAAGUUUGUAAAAAGUUUAUGCAAGAUCCACUUGAAGUAUAUGUUGAUGACGAGGCAAAACUUACUCUUCAUGGUCUUCAACAACAUUACGUUAAACUUAGAGAGCCCGAAAAGAACAGAAAAUUACUGGAAUUAUUAGAUAGUUUAGAAUUCAAUCAAGUCGUUAUUUUUGCUAAAUCAGUUCAACGCUGUAUUGUUCUCAAUCAAUUGCUCACUGAUCAAAAUUUCCCAUCAAUUUGUAUUCAUCGCCAAAUGCCACAGGCAGAACGUCUUGAACGUUAUCAACAAUUCAAAGAUUUCCAGAAAAGGAUCUUAGUUGCUACUAAUUUGUUUGGUCGUGGUAUGGAUAUUGAGAGAGUUAACAUUGUUUUUAAUUACGAUAUGCCUGAAAGUUCUGAUACCUACCUCCAUAGAGUUGCAAGAGCUGGACGUUUUGGUACCAAAGGUCUUGCUGUCACAUUUGUUGCUGAUGAACAAGAUGCAGAGAUUUUGAAUGAUGUUCAAAAUAGAUUUGAUGUUGAUAUUACUGAACUUCCUCAAGAUAUUGAGAGUGGAGUUUACAUUGAAGGAAUGGAAUGA